AUAAUAUUUAAAACAGAGCGUUAUCCUAAACACCAAAUUGCAGAAUAUGUUUGCGCGUAAAAUUCUUGCGAAGCAAGCUCGUAAACGUCUGAAAAUGAAGAAGAAAACGAAAGCAAUCAAUAGUACUGUUUCUCAGAAGUAUUUUGAACCUGUCUCGUCAUCGUCUUCGGAAGAUUCUGAAGAAAGAAGUGAAAGUUCAUCAGCUGGUUGUUCGUGCGAAUAUUCUAGGGAUGAAUCGACGUCUUGUGGUUCAGAAUUUAGUUAUAUGGAAGAAUCUGAGCAAGAGUCGGCGAAAGACUACAAAAUCGGGGGUUAUCAUCCAGUUCAAAUAGGGGAUUUUUAUAAUGGAAGAUAUAGUGUUUUAAGGAAAAUAGGGUGGGGUCAUUUUUCAACUGUUUGGUUAUGUUGGGACCUGAAUUCUAAAAAGUUCGUCGCAAUGAAAAUAGUAAAAAGUUCUAAACACUAUAUGGAAUCAGCAUUAGAUGAGAUAAAACUCCUAACGGAAAUAAGGGAAAAGAACAAAGAACAUAACGGGAGAUUGCGUAACGUGAUGUUGCUAGAUGAUUUUAAAAUUGCCGGUAUACAUGGUGUGCACGCCUGUCUAGUUUUCGAAUUGCUUGGCGAUAAUGUUCUAAAGCUUAUACAGCGUUCUAAAUACAAAGGCCUACCACUUGCCAACGUUCGUUGUAUAAUAAAGCAGGUGUUAGAGGGCCUCGUUUACAUACACGAUGAGUGUGGUAUUAUUCACACGGAUAUUAAGCCUGAGAACGUACUUUUAGGGGUAAAAGAGUCUAAAAUUCGUGCCAUGGCUGCUGAUGCAAUAAACUCUACUAAAACCAAUACAUUAACUCCUUCUUAUAUAUCUAACCUAUCCAAUAAUUUAACUUAUUUAAAGGAAGGUGAUCAAAAACAUCAAAUUUUGGAUUCUAAUCAUUUCAAAAACUUAACUAGAAAUCAAAAGAAGAAUUUGAAGAAAAAAUUAAAGAAAAAGGCUGAAAAAGCAACAUUUGAACAUAAGGGAGAAACAAAUUCCAUAGCUAUUUUUAAUGAUGAACUAGCUCUUAAUGAGAAUAGCGAUAUUAUUAGAUCAGAGAACACAAAAGACGAUACCGAAAGUCUUUUGUGUAAUUUGAAAAAUACAUCCCUUGAUGAUAAGGAAGAAGAGACUAUAGAAACAAAAGCUCAAAAUAUAAGUAUAGUUAGCGAUGAGUGUGACCUCGAUCCAGCCUUUGUCGAAUGUGAAUUUGAAGUAAAAUUAGCUGAUUUUGGAAAUGCUUGUUGGAUAACUCAGCAUUUUACAGAGGACAUACAAACAAGACAGUAUAGAGCUGUAGAAGUUCUUCUUGGUAUUGAUUAUGGUACAGCUGCUGAUAUAUGGAGCGUUGCUUGUUUGGCGUUUGAACUACUUACUGGUGAUUUUCUAUUUCAACCUCACUCCGGACAUGAAUACAGCAGAGAUGAAGAUCAUAUAGCUCACAUUAUAGAACUCCUAGGACCUUUACCCAAGAAGCUUAUCGAUAAUUCAAAAUGUAAGAAAGCCUUCUUCAACUCUAGUGGGAGUUUAAAAAAUAUCGAAAAAUUGAAGCCUUGGCCUCUAUUGGACGUUCUUAUCGAGAAAUAUUGCCUAUGUCCAGAGGAUGCCCUACCAUUUGCCGAUUUACUUAACAAGAUGCUAGAUUUCGAUCAAACUAAAAGACUAACAGCUAAGCAAGCUCUACAACAUGGUUGGGUAAUCGGAAAUUACGUGUGCUCUUUAGAAGAAUAUGAAAAAGCGAAGGAAAAGUACGAAAAGAUGAAACGUAAAUUAGAGUCAUCUUCAUCAAAUCAUAAAGAUGAGAAAGUAGACGUAUCACACGAGGAAUUAUCUCACUGAGUUUAAUCUACUUGCCUUAUUUAUAUUUUCCUUUGUUUCCUUUAAUACCUCUGAUUCAUUUGCUAAUUCUUUUUUAUCAAGCAUUGACGUCAAUGUAAAAUAGUGCUGAAUCUAGACUUGCGUAAUGAUUAUAUUAAUGACAAAUCUC